AUGGAAAAACAGAUAGAAAUAACAACCGAUAAAAAUUAUUUACAAAAUAUUAAGUUCACGUGUUCCUAUCAACAUGAAAAAUCCAGUUUGGCGACAUGGAGGAAUUCGUCUAAUCUACCAAUGAAUUUGAGAAAGAUUAUGGAUGUAGAUAUUUCUAAAUAUACCGAAGAAAAUUGGGAAUCUUUAAGACACGAUAUGCAAAAAGACGUUUUGGAAGGUGUUGAUAUUCAAGAAAUAGUUAAAGCUGGUGGAAGAAUUCUUAGAAUAUUAGAUGGUAUAGUAUUUCAAUACAAUUUGAAAACUCCGCCAUAUAGAGAUAACAUUUUAAUUUUGAGAGAUUUAAGAUAUCAAUACAAAACGGAUGGUGAUAUUGUUGGUAGUAAUUGCUUGAAAUUAUUAGGUAAUAUGAGAUAUAAAGCUGAAACAAUGGAACUUCUAAGACAAAGUGGCUCAACGGAUGAAGUAAUUGUAUGCAAAGUUCCAUUUUAA